GCUUGCUCUUCAUUCUUGGAUUCUCCAUCUUCCUAUCUUCCCCACUAAGAGUCCAUCUCCACCUCCGAUCUUGGUCUAAUCUUCGAAUUUUUGAACAAGUUGAUCCGAUUCUCGAUCUAUUUAGGGUUUCAAUAGUAGAUCACUCCUUAGAUCUAGCGGCGAUCCAACGACGAUGGGGCUCUCAAGCCUGCCAACUCCAUCGGAGUCAGUCCUCACUCUCCUCCUUGUGAACACCGCGCUAACGAUCUCGAUCCUUAAAGAAAUCUUCCGAUCUGCGCUCCACAUCUUCGGCCUCACGCCGGAGAUCGAUUCGGCAGUGGCGGAAAGCACGGCGGAAAUCCCCAAUCUGUUUUCGCCGGCGGAGGAGAAUCUGACGGAGAGGUUCCGGAGUCGGAUCAAAGCGGUUCGAUUCGGGUACCACCGGCACGGUGACUGCCGGGUUUGCUUAGCCGGGUUCGAGCCGGAGUCGGUAGUGAACCGUCUUCCAUGUGGGCAUCUCUUCCACAAGAGCUGCGUCGAGCGAUGGAUGGAAUACCGAAACACCACUUGUCCUCUCUGCCGCUCCCACCUUCUUCCCGCCGACAAUUCAGCGGUUGCCACUGAGCCACGGUCGCACCUGCAGGGAUAUUGAACGGAGAAAAGUGAGAUUUGGGAGCUGAUAGAAGGGUAUUGGUGUGAUGGCGCUGCUUAAGUUAUCCCUCGCUCUUCUUUUUCUUCUUCGCUGUGUAAAUUCGGAGUGGCUUUGUGAAUUUCUGUUUGAUGCUAAUUGCUAAAUCCGCCGAGCUUCGUCUUUUAUCUUUCUACAGUUUUAAGGGAUGUGUUCGGAUUGU